CGCAAUCACAACACCACAGAACAUCCUUUACAAACCAAGAAUCACGUCCAUUAAACCAAUCCAAUCCAGCUAAUCCUCUGCUCAUCCAAAAUGCCCUCCAAACCAGUCGCCUCCCCACCCCCGCAACCGAAGAAAGUCCACGGCGCAGUUCGCGACGAUGACCUCCCCAUCGACGACUACGAGAAUGCCUGGCACGAACAGCAAGAAGAAGAGGAAGAGGAAUACCGCGAGCAGAAUGAUAUUGCCUUCAAGGCCCCGAAUGUUGCUGCCGCGAGGAGGAUGAAUACCGGUACUGCGCCGAAUCCUGUUGAGGGGACGCGUAAGGGGAUUACGGGGUCGGUUAAUAGGUCGAAGACGACGCAUUGAUUCUCG